AUGGCGGUAUUUCUUGGCGUGGCCCUGAUCUCAGGUCUGAUCACUAUGGUCGGGUCAUCGCUACUCCCCGUGGGAUCGUGGGAUUCCCACCUCCACAUCAUCGACACGACUCGUUAUGAGCAGACACCCGACACGGGCUCGACUGUCAUUCACGGCACUGUAUGGGAGAACACCCUCUUCGAGACCUCGCUUGGCUGCUCUCAUGUCGUCAUCAUCCAGCCCACGAGGUAUGGAAACAACAACACCGCCACGCUCGAGGCCCUCGCUGCAUACGGACCCAAACGUGCACGAGCCGUCGUCCAAUUCGACCCGGAGACCAUCACAGACGCAGAGCUGCGGGAAUGGCAUGCUCUCGGUGUCCGGGGCGUCAGAAUCAACCUGGCCAACUCGAAGAAUCCCACGUCAAACACGCCACCGGAGCAGAUACCGGGUCUGGUCCGCAAGUACGCCGACAAGGUCCGCCCCCUGGGCUGGGUCAUCCAGUUCUUCAUCAGCAUGAAGGACAUUCCUCUGAUUGAGCCAGUCGUGCCCACCCUGGGCCUGAGGGUCGUCAUCGACCACCUGGGCAGCCCAAAGCUCCCGAACACAACGACCUGCCAUGGCCUUGACCCCUAUGCAAUCGAGGGCUUCUCAUCGCUGGCCAAGCUUCUCCAGGGUGGUAGCACAUGGGUCAAGAUCUCCGCGCCGUAUCGGUCUGUCAGCAACCAGACGACAUCUUCAGAUUAUGCCGUCCUGGACCCUCUGAUCCUCGAGCUGUUGCGUAUUAAUGGCACCAAGACGGUGUUUGGCACGGAUUGGCCGCAUACGGGGUAUGAGACUCUCGAUAUCCAUCCCUGGGCGCACCGUCUCGUGAAUCUGGUUGGUGGGGAUGGCAAGUUGCUUGAUGGGCUAUUCAGGGAUAACGCGCGGGUCCUCUGGGAUGCGGAAUAGAUUUCAAGCGAUUGCAGAACAGUUAUAAA